AUGAGCUACGGCAAAACGGUUACUAUGGCAUUCGUUGUAGAUAAGUUGAAUCAAAAGAAUGCAUACCAGAUACCUAGGCCGAAGGUGUGCUACUACUACUGCCAAGACGACGGAAGUGGACAAGUCGUCAACAUCUUAUCAGGACUAAUUCUCGCGCUUCUUAAACAGCUACCUGGCCUAAAGAAGACAUUUUACGAAUGGUACAAAGAAAAUCAAACUUCCGAAACCCUUGAGCCAGCAACAAGUGCCAGCAAGCUAGGAGAAUUUUUAGAAUUGGUUAUGGCGACAUUCGAUCGUAUGCUCUUCAUUAUCAUCGAUAGACUUGAUGAGUGCGACAGAAUCUCAAGAAGAACACUUUUGCGAGUACUAGAAGACUUGCUGAAGAAAACCCCACAGCUUAAGAUUCUCUUAUCUUCACGACCUAAAGAGAAAAUUAUAGCGCAGCUCGGAAAAACGACUAAAAUCUCUAUAGAGUCCAGCAUUUACAGAGAUACUAUCAUCGUCCGGCAUACAGUGCAGAAGCAAUUGCCCUAUUUGUCAGAGACUGUCAGGGAACUUAUUGUCGAAAGUUUGUCUCGUUCCGCGCAAGGAAGUGCCAUUUGGACGAAAAUGACUGUUGAACUCAUUAAAGUACGCAAGAUCAACGCGCUCGCACCAAUGCGACUAUUCCUAGGCAAUAUGUCUUUGCCAGGCCACCUUUCAGAGCUUUAUACGACUUUACUCUCACGAAACUCGUCAAAUGAUACCAAAAAUCGAGAGCUCGCAGCUUUAGCUUUGAAGCUUCUCGCAGCUGCAUGUAGGCCUCUCAGUAUCCAAGAGCUUACUUGGGCUGUAGCGUUGGCUGUUAACCACCACGACAUCAACACUGUCACUGCUCUCGCAGAAUCUGUAGACCAUCAGAGAGUGAUAAGCCUAAUAUAUCCAUUCAUCACUCGAGUAGAUUUUACAGAUCUCAGAAAGCGUUAG